AUGGUUUUAUCAAUUGGCCAGAUAUUCUACUGUGUUUUGCUGGUUAUUAAUGCUAUAGCAGUGUUGAACGAACAGAGAUUUCUUGCGAGAAUUGGAAUGAGUCCACAGUCGGAUCAAGGCUUUGGCGGCGAUGGUCCAUCACUUAAAACCAACAUUAUAAAUCUCAUAUCAGCCGUAAGAACGCUGAUGCGAAAACAUUUCAGAUUCGUUCAUACAACACCAUGUCUGCGUGCUGAUAAACAAACAGUACCAACUAGACAAUUGCCGGCAGUAGGCGCUUCUUCAAUUUUUGAUAUGGUGGAGGAGAAAGAUGAUAUUGAAGCUGCUAAAAAGAAAGGCAGACAGCGGGCAAAACUGUGUAAUCCUUUCAGAAAGCCUGUUGUUACUGAAGCUUCAAAGAGGCACACCGAGCAUAAUUAUUCUACGAUGGACUUCCGAAUAGCUCCAAGAAAGUUGAACAUGCUUGCUCGUCAAAUAAAUGGAAAGAAUGUUAAUUAUGCAAUAAGCCAGAUGCAGUUCUCUCCCAAGAAAGCAUCAAAGAAGAUUAUGAAUUCCUUGUGUACUGCAAGAGAUCAUGCAUGGAGGUACAAAAUGAUGGAUCCAAAGAAACUUUAUAUUGAUAGAGCGUGGGUUGGCAAAGGCCUAUAUCGUCGGAAGAGGGCGUAUGGUGCGCGUGGACGGUUGUUUACACUUAAAUUGAAAAAGGCUCACAUGAAGUUUGUCGUUAAAGAAGCGAAACAGGAAGGGGAGGGUCGACCGGAGAAGAAGAAAAUAAAAGGAAUGAAUUGGGAAAAGAAGAAAAAAGUUUGGAUGCCGUUAUUGGAAGACAAACCUAUUUAUAACCCUUCCAAGUUUUACAAUUGGUAA